GCGAGCUAAGCAGAGGUCACAUAGAGACGUUGGUCGUACAGUUCUGCACCACGGAGUCGUUGAUGGCUGUUUGUGCUGGGCAAACGAGGCUCAAGCGCUUAGAACUUUGGUCUGUGUUUUGUCCCCGUCACCAUCGGUGGGUUGACCGAUUACUAGAAUCUUGUCCGCAAUGGAACACUUGAAGAUAGGAAACGUUCCCUCACCGGCCUCGUUCAGACUGCGCACCUCGUGCGUUCCUCCGCCAGCUUACGAUUCUCCUCCACAUGGGACACAUUCUUCUCUGCGACUCGGGGUGGAUGUCCAUUCCCAUGCCCAGCUCAAAUCUAUCGUCGACAUCCUCCCCAUAGCGUGGGCGGAUUAUCCGCUUCCCCCCUCUCUUCACCAACCUCUUCCUCCCCCUUUACCUCCCCCUUGUCCUCCUCUCCUUCCUGAACUUGUUUCCAGUGAUUCUUCAAGGGAAGAGGGUCAUGACUAUUCUGGACGUUGCAGCGAUGCAGCAGGAGGAGGUAAUGAAGUGGAAGGACAACGGCCGCUUGAUGAAGGCCUCUGGGAAGGCGAGAGGCCGCGUGAUGAAGCUUCUGGGCCGAGCGAUGGAGUAGGAGAAGUAGGAGGAGGAGAUGAAGAAGUGGAAACACAGCGGCAGGCCCAAAGGGACGGUUAUGGGAAAGACGAAAAUCCUGUCCCCAUUUACAAAUUCUUCAGUAUUUGGCUGCCUCCUGAUCGUGGACGUUACAUCGCCCCUACCGUUUUCCCCCUUGACGACAGAGAGUUGCUGGGCUUGCGGGGUUACGGGCAGGGUGUGGCGGAUUGGGAAGAUCAAGAGGAAGACUCUGACUCUGAGGAGGAAAGUGGCGGGAGCUCGUCUUCUGACGGGGGUCGUCUGCCUCUGAGUCAUCCCGUUGUUGACGAAUUGUUCAUCGUCAGCAUUGCCAAGAACUGUCCGAGCUUGAAGACGCUUCAUCUCGACGCUAACAACAGGAGUCAUGGCGAAUGCUGUUUCAAGGAGCGGCCGAUGGCAGCCUUAGUCUAUGGAUGCACUGCAUUAACCGACCUCUCUCUUACCACAGGUGCUGCAAACUUUUACAUGUGGGUCAAUCACUCGGCCGUCCGUGUCCUGUCUGGUUGCAAUCAGCUGCGGAACCUGAGUCUCUGCGGGUUUUGGCCUGCUGCUUCCGACGCUUUACAAGAUGGCUCUUGCCCUCUGUUAUCGUCCUUGUCUCUGGCGGAGAGUUCCUUGCUGAGGAGGGACCAGGACGAGAAGUCGCUAAGCCCAUCCUUUUUCUGUUUCCAGUCUACACGACGAAGAACCCUGACAUCACUGUGCGUGACAGAUAGCUUAUACUUCGCAGAUGAACAGCUCGAGGCUGCCGUGGUAGAGUGUGUCUGCUUAAGGAAAGUCGACGUGAGCGGGACGCGCGUCUCCGACUGGGGCAUUAUUGCAGCAGUGCGGGCGUGCUCUGACUUGCAAACUCUGGUAGCCUCUCGUUGCAGAUUCGUCACUGAUUCGUCAGUGAGUGUUGUGGCCGCCGAAGGUGGGCGGCAGUUGCGCGAGCUGUGUUUCGACGAGACAGGGGUCACACACUACGCGUUGUCUUUUCUUGCCGGUGGAACGUGCACAUUAGGACUGGUUAAGCUUCUGCUCUAUGGAUCUCAGGUCAGCGGAGAAGCGUGCGCCUACCCUCGCUUGCCAUCGUUGAGGAGCUUAGAGGUACUUCUUCAGCGUCAUCAACACCUCCAGGAGGUGGGUUUGCGCAUCUUUGAUCCCUUUGUAGAUCAGGAGACAGUGGAGCGGAUGGAAUUGAUGUGGGGACGGGCCGUCCUGUCAAAAAGGCUCAGUCAUCUGUAUUUUUGUAGACGUCGGGACCCGGGAUUGGAGAACAAAAAGGAGGGGCCUCGUCUUCUCACUCUGAAGGAGCCUCGUCUUCCCGCCUGGCAGUCCUGUGGCCCUUUCCUCCGUAGCCUCUCUCCCGUUGGUCCGUCCUUACACCAUCUUCACCUCUUUUCGGACCCUAGAGCACUUUUCGGCGAUUUCGAGGAAGAAUUUCUUGCUUUCCUCAGCACCUGCCCCAGUCUCCUUUCCCUCAGAUUGACCGGAAUCUCUCAAGUCAGUGCUGCGAUCCUGUAUAGGUUGGGAGAUUUGUGUCCUUCGCUCGAGCACCUGGCCAUCGCUGGUUGUCAAAUACCCUUCCCCAGGGGCUUCGGGCACCUCCGUGUCACAAGUCCUAGACUGCAGUCUUUCGAGUACUUCCCCGGCUAUUACCGUGCGGUUCUCUUGGGCGAAGCGGAGGACCGUAUCAGGUACAUAAGGAGGACAGGCUAACCUUGGUGAUGCCGGACUAAUAAGCACAAUCCGAAUUAGCAAAAAAAGAAAACGAAAGAACCGUAGGGGUUCGUGAGGGAAGCAGGAAUCUUGGAAAAAGGACUGCAGCACAGGAAGCUGACGAGCGCCGUUGCCAUGGAGGGCGAUGACACUCUCUUUUUCCCUCCGCUCACCCUACUACAAUAGGUCAUGCCAGAAAUAAAUACUCCAUAAGAGA